AUGACCGUCAAGUGGGGAGGCAUAGGGGAGUGGAAAGGGCAAGGAGGAGGAGGAGGAGGAGGAAGAGGAAGAGGAGGGAGCAACCCGCCGCCACCAGCAGACCAGACCACUCUGAAAGGCGCACAACGACCUUACAGACCCAAGCUCGAACCAGGCCAGUGUCCCAAGGACCUCGAGUUCCUGCGUCGCCCCGAGCUUGGCUUAACCGAUAACAUCCUCUACUCGCGCCGCUGCAUCAAGCCCGUCUACAAGGCCGAUUUCGACCGCAGCACCAUCACCAACGUCGCCGGGCCACUCGUCACCAACACCACCGCCCUCGAUCUCACCUCGUGCUCCCACGAUGAGCCCAUCCCCUGCGAGCCGCUUGCCCUCGAGGUGCCUAUGCCCUACCCCAAGGACGCCCAGUACCCGCACCUGCUUUUCGGCGUCGCCUCCAAGUAUCAGCGCAUGCGCGAAGCCAUUCCAGCCUUUGCCCACUGGCUAGCCGGCACGGGCGCCCGUCUGGUCGGCACCAUCGCCGACGCCGUACCGCCCGAGCACCAAGACGACAGCACCCGAAACUCGUUCAACCUAACCUUACUCGAAGAGGAAUACCGCGCCGCAGGCAUCAUCGCCACCUUCGUCCCUCCCAAGGUCUUCAAGCGUCUCAACCUCAAAGACGGCAAACCCGACCCUCGUCCCGUGCCCGUCGAGCACCACCACUUUCUCGUCAUCAAGGAACUCCUCUCCGUCAUCGACUCCUCCCAGUCAUCCCAGCCUCCGCACUGGCUCGCCAUCCUAGACGACGACACCUUCUUCACCUCCCUUUCCCCCCUCUCCCAAACCCUUUCGCGAUACGACCACACCCGUCCCGCCUGGCUCGGCGCUCUAUCCGAUGACUUCAUGGCCGUGCAAGCCUGGGGCUUCAUGGCCUUUGGCGGCGCCGGCUCCUUUUUGUCUUUGCCCCUAGCGCGACAACUGGCACCCCACUUGGAGCAAUGCAUCACCACUGCCUCGGUCCAAACCGGCGACGGAAUCUUGCGGGAUUGCAUCUACUCGCACACAAGAACCCGACUGACGCUGGUGGAGGGGCUGAAUCAGCAUGAUAUCAAGGGGGACCCCUCAGGUUUCUUUGAGAGCGGCAUCUGGCCGGUGCUGAGUCUGCAUCAUUGGAAGAGUUGGUACCACGCGCCGGUGGCCAAGAUGGCGAGGGUGGCCAAGGAGGUUUGUGGAGAUUGUUUUUUGAUGAGGGUUCGGUUCGGGACUGGUUCUUCUUCUUCUUCUUCUAAAGACAACAAGAAAAGGAAAGAGGAGGAAAGUCUGCUGAGUCUGGGAUAUUCGAUUACGCAAUACCCUGGCCUUGCCAAUGGGCUCGACGACAUUGACCUCUCAAGGGUGGAGGGAACGUGGAAGGAAGCGGAACGGAAGGAGAAAUUUGCCUUUAGUUAUGGUCCGGUCAGGAGGAGGUUGCAGGUGAAUAAGGAGAAGAAGAGUUGGAGAUUGGUGGAUGUUGAUGUUGGGGAGGAGGAUUCAUCAUCAUCGUCAAAGCCACCAUCACAGUCUACGACCAUUAAGAAAGAGAGCGGAGGGGCAAAGGAAGGUAGAGCGUGGAUAUCACCAAGGAAGGGUAAGAAGAGGUUCAGACAGAUUUAUGUGCACAAAGCUGCUGGACCGGCGGUGGGCGAGAGCAUGGAUGAGGUGAUUGAGUUGGUUUGGGAGGUUUGA